UAACCGGAUCAGCCCUCUUGGAAUUCCGAAUAGCGCUCGACUACGAGUACGUGAAGUGGACGAGAGGACUUAGUAGAGGGCGCCACUACUUUGAAGGGAAAUCAGCGGCCAACACAACACAACAAGACAGACAAAUCAAACACGAUGGUGUUAUUAGACCAAGAUCAAUUUCUCAGUGAAUUAACAAGAAUGUUUCAACGUUCACGAGCUAAGGGUUCUGUCACACUUGUUAUGAAAAGAUAUGACGGACGUAACAGACCAGAACCAAGGGAAGGUAAAAAACCAUUACCUGAGCCUGAACAUCAUUUUUGUUUAAUCCGAGCAACACUCAGGAAUAAGACUAUUAGUACCGUGGUUGCUCCAAAGGAUGUUAAUAAAUUCCAAUUGGCAUAUAGCAGUUUGUUAAAGGGUAACUUGGAUGGUCUGAAGAAAACUAAAAAGGUCAAAUCAAAAUCCAAGGCAACUCAGUGAUUUAUACCUUAUAAUAAUAAGAUAAGCAGAGAACUGGAAAUGUCAUUGAUCUGUUGUAGAACAGAGUAUCAAGCAUGUGUGCACCAUAUUAAAUAAGUGAGAGAUGUUUUUGUUGAAUGUGUAAUUGAAACAAUUGUUGCUGCCCUUCAUUAUUUUUUUUUAAAGAGUAAUAUGAAACAGUGGUGCAGUUUGUCCAUGUUAAUUGUGCGUUAUGUUGACUGAAGCAAUGUAAGAAUUAUACUUAUUCAUAUGCACUUCUUGCACACUAGUUUUUCUUCUUCGUACAUUUUUCCACAAGAUUUCAUUUAAUUGCAGUGAAGUUUCCGUUUAUUGUUUAACAAUAAUGGACUGAAAAAUUGAGUUUUGAGGUAAUAAUGCCAACUUUGGUGGUUGAUUUAUAAUGCUGUGUAUGGUGAUAUUGUAGAAAUAUGUUAUGUUGAAAGUUAAUUUUUCAGGCAUUUAUAUUACCUUUAAUGUUUUAAAUUAUGUUGUAGACUUAUAUUUUCAUGAAAUCUGUUAAACAGGUUAAUAUGGACCAUGCGGGGUAAAUUGGACCACCCUCUUAUUCCUAUGUUCUGCUUCUGCUGGACUUGUGCAACCACUGAGCUGUCGCCCAGCAUUGUCAGGAACACAACUAAGUGGUAGUACGAGUCGAGCAGAGGCAAAGCAUAUAAAAAAGAGGGUGGUCCACUUUACCCCGCAUGGUCCAUAUUAGACUGUUUUACGGUUCUUUACACAAUGUGUAAGGAGGAAGUCAAUUUGUCAUACUGUAUUUUUGAUCACAAAUCAUGAAUAAAAUGAAUUUGUCAUGUGUUUUCUUUAA